AUGCUAUUCAGGAACGCUAAAGUAGCUAUUGGUCCACUCAGCAUCAUUCUGAGAUGCAUGCACUUGGGAUUAAGUGGAUUACAGCUCAUGGGGUUUUCUAUAGUAACUCCGAACAUGAUUGAUACACCUAUGAUCAUAUCAGCCAGAGACACAUUUCCCAGCAAGAGCUUAGCAAUAACUUCGGCUGCUAAAGCACCAAUUAAUGCCAGAAAUAUUAAUACUUCUGCAGUUGUUCAGUUCAGGAUAACUGACCAAUUAUGGGCAGAACCUAUGAAAAAGAAGAAGAAAAUGGAUCCGGCCAUAAUAAAAGCGCGUGAAGACAGACGUCGUAAAAAGUUAGAGAAAAAUAUUAGAAGGCUAGAAAAAAAUGCCAGACAGUUAAAACCAAUUGAUGAGUUAGAACCUCCUCUACAUCUUACCGACUCUCUAGGAAAACGUAAAAGAAAAGUACAAGUUACUCCUGAGCAACAAGAGGCGAGAGAUGUUUUGCUUAAAGAAUGGACCCGUUACAAGAAACAGGAGUACAUGGCUAAUGUUGCCCAGAUUGAUAGAAUCAUGGCUUCACAAAGACGAGCACUGGACAAGUUGUAUGAAGAGAGUGAAGAUUUAUAUAAUGAAGCAAUUAUGCCUGAUCUGAGUUUGGUGCCAUAUUCCAUCUCGGGACCUUAUGCAUCACCACCCAUAAAGAAUUAUGAGUCACCCGACGGUGAAUACACAGAUAUAUCCAAGAAUUGGGGAAAUUAG